CAGCAAGAUGGCCACAGUGGUUGUGCCUCAAUGGUGGCUGCAUUAGUUGAGAGCACCCAUUAUGUACCCUAUCCCACUUAUUUUGACAUAAAUUUAAUCACAUAUAUAAAUUAUUUUCCAUCCCUUCUUCCAUUCUUUUACCACCUAACUUAUGCUAUAGAACCUCACAUAAGGAAGACCAUGUGACCUGCUGGUUCAUGUGAUUCCUUUUUAGCUUCCAGGUCCCCCCAGGAAAAUGUACAGAUCAGUGAUGAGGGGACCAGCGGCCCCUGCAGGUCACUAGUGUGAUGACAAUCAGAAGUGUUCAGACACACAGUUCAGUGUCAUCAUUGAUUUAACUUUGUCUUUGCAGAUUUCAGUUUAUCUUGUUCUUGUGGGAUUUCUUAAACCUUCCACACAGAUCCCCCAAAGGCACAUGUGACCCAUCAUCCUGGAUCUAAAGGUGAUGUCACCCUGAGGUGCUGGGCCAUGGGCUUCUACCCUGCUGACAUCACCCUGACCUGGCAAAGGGAGAAGGAAGAACAGACUCAGGACAUGGAGCUGGUGGAGACCAGACCUUCUGGGGAUGGAACCUUCCAGAAGUGGGCAGCAGUGGUGGUGCCUUCUGGGGAGGAGCAGAAAUACACAUGCCAUGUGCGCCAUGAGGGGCUGCCUGAGCCCCUCACCCUGAGAUGGGAGCCUCCUCAGUCCACUGUCCCCAUCAUGGCAGUCAUUGCUGUUCUGGUUCUCCUUGGAGUUGUGACCAUCAUUACAGCUGUGGUGGUUGUGAGGAAGAGGAGGAGAAACACAGGUGAAAAAAGAGGAAAGUAUGCUCCAGCUCCAGAAUGAAGACAGCUGUCUGGUGUUCGGGUGUCUCCUGUGACAUCCAGGGCCCCUCAUUUCACUCUCAGCAACAGUGUCUGAUGUUCCCUCUGAUCCUAUGAGCUCAAUUUGAAGAACUGAGGAAGAACCCAGUCCCUGCACUGCCUGUGUUUCCUUGCACAGCCAACCUUCCUGUUCCAGCAGACAGGAGGGGACAGCUCCAUCCUGCCCUGAGCUUCAGCCCUUCAAAUCCCCACUGAGAAUAAAGACCUCAAUUUGAACUUGAUUGUUCCUUGAUCUGACAGGUUGUCUGUUAAAUAAAUUAUUGAGACACUAAGAAUUUGUGGAGGAAAUAAAUGGAAGCAUGGUGAAC